AUGAACCACCAAUUUCCACUUCAGGAAACGGUGUUCCCGCCGCUACAAUUGUCAGAUGCGAGCAAGGGCAUCUUUGUCAACACGGCGUUGAUGCAACUUACGAGGGCGUUGCGAGACUACGACAAGUAUCAAAGAUGGCAGGCUUCUCGACCGCCAAGUCUUCGGUAUCAAUUGCAUCCGGCAAUGUGGAAACCCAUCAAGACAUGCGAGCAACUUACAGUCUAUCGUCGAGUACCAGCGGACGAUGCAGUAGUCACAGCACCAGCAAGAGGAUCAAGAAGACGAGCACGUAGUCGAACACUCGAAGCCAUGAGAUUAGCUACAUGUUCCGACUCUGGGAUGAAAAAGUCCGUUACCGAUUCUUCGUGGCCACUUCCAGCUCGAGGAUCAGCACACACAGCAAACAGUGAGUGGACGAUGCCCACGCUUCUCCAAGUAGGGACGAUCGAGGGGACGUUGGACGACGUCAUGUACGGCUCGUCUUCAUACGACCCCAUUAGUACGUUAAUCGAGUCGUCCUACACGGGUAAAGAGGUCGUAGACGCAGACAUAUUGUACGAAUUCCAGGGUCCUAGUCCUGAUGAACCGUUUCGGUUUCUCGGAUUAAAAUGGGUCGUCAAAUCCACGUCGUCUACCGUCAAGGCCUUCGAGUGGCCACGAGACUUGACGUUUCUUGCAGCGACAGGUGUGCUGCAUCGGCAAAGUGGUGAACGUGUGGGGUAUCAUUUGAUGCACUCCGUUGACCUCGGCAGAAAUUACGGUCCUCUCGAAGGAAAGCGAAUUGUGCGUGGUCGAGUGUCGUCGUGUUAUCUGUAUCGCCAGACUUCGACAAAUUCUGUCGACGUGUACAUGAAAACGAAUUUUGAACCAAAUGGCUCCGUUCACGAAAGUGUGGCGCUGAUGUCUGCAGCCGACAGGCUGACGUACUGCUCAAGGUCUUUGCUUUGUGCACAAAACAAAAAAUUGUCGUGGCUUUUGGCUCAUCCAAAGCCUGAUGAGACAAAGGCGGGAUCGGCACGGCCGAGCCCAAAUCGCGUCAAAAAGCGCAACGAUUGUGGAGUAUGUACGAGGCCGAUUGGCACUUUUUCACGAGGACACAGCUGUCGUGUUUGCAGUGCUCGCACAUGCUCCGCUUGCUGCGUGAAGAAAAAGUUGAUUUUUCCAGGUCAAAAACACAAGACACUUGAGCAGCGCUCCAUUGUCGUCUGUACACACUGCCUGACUCAUGCGCGGAAGCUGGCCUCGGUGGAAAUUGCAAAGCAGGAAGUUGCAGAGCGCAAACAUUUAAAUCGGCGACGUGGCACUCUUCGAGGUUCUGAGGCAUCUACACGCAACAAUCGUUGUCGUAGCAACAGCCACUUUGACAUUAACAAGCUCCGACGUGGAAUCGGAAGCAGACGGAGAGCAGAAGAUGAGAAAUUCGUUCUCACUGACCCUUGCAUCACUUCGACGCUAGACCAAACAAACUCUCAGACAAAGCUAGCCUGGAAUUAUUACUCGGAGACGGAAGAUAACGACGAUGAUGAUGAUGCAAUGGUCAGUUUGAACGAAUUUCAGCUACUAUUAGACAGUCAGUCUUGCACGCCGAAUACGAGGACACGAAGCGACAGUAAGAGAGUCAUUGCCAAAUCAACGAACGACGCACCGAUUCCUAUUGCGGCUCAGCAAGAUAUUUGGGAUGUCGACUCCGAAGCGCAAGGCGAAUACGACUAUGGCGGCUUUGUUAUGAGCUCGCAGACGAUGUCGCUGCAUUCAGAGGUGCCGAUCCUAGGCACUUCGCUGCCUGAAGCUGUGGUGCAAUACGCGUGGGGAGAGGCAGUGCUGUCUCCGGUAAACCAAAAGACAUUAGAGUCUUUAGCGGCGUUACCGUCACCGUCGUCGUCACCACUGCCGUCGAUGACGUUAUUGCCGAAAAAUACAGAGGUGACGUGGCCAUCAGCUAAAGGUGAUCAAGCCACAAUGCGGACGCUGCCUGUGCCAAAAGCUACAAUUCCUCGUAUCCACGCAGGAGCGUCAACCCAGGAAGUCUUGGCGCAGUUCGAAGAGCUUUGCAAUGCUGCCGAAAACGUGUACCAGGCGGCGAGGAAGCACACAACAGUGCAACCGGCCACUACUAGAUUUGACAUGAGUGCUGUCGAUUAG